AUGGCGGAAGGAACCAGAUUGAAAGGUCUAGAGGAGCAGCUUAAAAGACAGGAAAUUAGAACCCAAGGAAUAAUGGACAGCUGGACAGCGACGGAGAAGCAAUUGAGGGACGCGAUGGCGGCUGAUCGGCAACAUUUGGAAGAGAAAAUCGAAUCUUCCAACAAUGAAUUGAAGAACUUAAUUGUAGCUCUAUCCAAUCAAUACGGAGCUGCGAUGAGGACGGUUCAAGGUGAUAGAGGAAUUUUGCAAACACCUACAGGGCAUUCGGACAGACAAAAUCACUUGGGGCGUACCAAAGAAAAUUCCGGAGGAAAUAGGCAGUUUUUGCAAUUGGCCAUUCCAAGGAUGGAAUUCCCAGUCUUUGAUGGAGGAAACCCGAGGGAAUGGAUCCGAAAAAGUCAAAAAUAUUUCCAUACAUUCCAUAUUCCUGAUUCUCAGAAGAUGGAUAUGGUGGAGAUAUUCUUGGAAGGAAAGGCAGACAUUUGGUAUCAGGGGUUCAAAAUCAGCAGGGGAGUGACCAAUUGGGAAAAUUUUACUGCAGAACUCAUUAAACGGUUCGGGAACGUGAAGCAAUUGGAUCCUGUGGAAGAAUUUAGCAAGCUGCAACAAACUUCCACCGUCCAAGCAUAUCAGGAAAAGUUUGAGGAAUUGAUGGCCGAAGUGGUGAUUGUGGCACCAUCCCUUCCAGAAUCUUUUUACAUUUCAUGUUUUCUCAGCGGAUUGAACGAUGAGAUCAGGUCGAUGGUAAAGAUGCACGACAUAGGUUCCUUGAGUGAAGUCUUUAAAAAAGCUAAACUCCAAGAAUCUGCAAAUGAGGCUUACGCCAAGAAGUAUAGGCCCAGUAGCAAAAUUGCUACUUUCCCAUCAAUGAGCAGUGGGGGAGGGAAUUUCAAAGGCGGUGGAGCAUCUACUCUAUCGGGUGACCCAAACAGGAAAUUGGAACCAUUUACUUUUAAGAAAAUCACCCCAACAGAGAUUCAACAUAGGAGGGCAAAAGGGUUAUGCUUCAGAUGUGGCGAGAAGUACACUCCUAAUCAUAAGUGUGGGAAUAAGGAGGUGCACAUGCUGGUGGUGGAUGAGGUUGUUGAGGCAGUAGAGAAGGAAAUGAUUGAGGAAGAGAUUGAAUAUCAAGGAAGGAAAACUGAAAAUCAUGUUGAACUCACCCUACACUCCAUUUCUGGAACUAUGGUGCAGAACACCAUCAAGGUGCAAGGAGACUGGUUGGGCAGUAAGGUUUCAAUCCUAGUAGAUGGGGGCAGUUCCCAUAGUUUUAUUAAGGCUUCAGUAGCCUUUCAGCAUCCUGAAUUGAUCAGGAAAAUUAAGCCCUUUAAAGUGAAAGUAGCUAAUGGAGAGAGUUUAUUGUGUAAUAAACGGAUACCACAGUUGCAAUGGGUAAUGCAGGGCCAUAAAUUCUCACAUGAUUUUUACAUACUGGAUAUAGAGCCUUAUGAUAUGAUCAUUGGCGUUGAUUGGAUGAAAGCAUACAGCCCUCUUACUUUUGAUUUCAAGAAAUUACAAUUAGUCUUUGACAAGGAACAAGAGUUGGUUACCCUGCAGGGAGAUUCAGAGACUGCUGGUGUGAAAUUGCAUAAGGGGGACAGAGCAUCCCGGAUCCAUAACAGGCAUAGGAGGCAACUUUAUGAUCCACGCACCUUUCUACUGAGUACUGGCAGUGAGGCAGCUAACAAUCAUCAGGUAAUUCCUGAGGCCAUUACUACUCUCUUGACUCAAUUUGAUGAUGUGUUUGAAGAACCCCACUCCUUACCGCCCUCCAGAGAAUUUGAUCAUCAUAUUACACUAAUUCCUGAUUCUAAACCCUUUAAACUAGCCCCCUAUAGAUAUCCCCAUAUGCAAAAAUCUGAGAUAGAGAAAUGGUGGGUGUCAAACCACCAAAAAUAA